AUGGCCUUCGAUGAAUCUUCAGCUCUGGCCCGGAUGUUCAUCGUCAAGAAUAUCAAUAUCCCGCCCUCUCCCACUAUACCGUCAGAUCAGGAUGCCUCUACCGUACCAACACGACUAAACCUAUCCUUCAUGGAUCUACCACGAGAACUCCGAGAUAUCGUAUACGAGCUCUACCUACCGGAUACAGAAUCCAUAUACGACGCAAAGACACACAAGUUUACCAUCACCAACAAGGAAGCUGACGACAUGUCGCUUGGCUUCACUUGCCAUACCAUCUUAGAGGAGCUACUUUGUCGCGCAUUCGAAGUCAAUCUCACUUUCCAUGCUGCUUUCGUGCACACGCCACGCGAGAGUGACGACCAAUGGGUCGAUGACAUUGGCCACAUCCUACUUUACAAAGAGGAUGUCGUCGACAGACUGGCCCGUAGGUUUCUGACGGAGGCCGCGGAAGAAGAGAUAGCUGCAUGCUAUCCCCAGUUUCAGCCCAUACUCUCUGCCUGGCGCUCGAACCGCGAUGAAACAUGGUUCUCCAAAGGUCAUGACUGGGGAGAAGCUCCGUCGAUCUAUCGCGACUUCAUCCAGCACACGUUGACUGUGCUGGCAAAGCAUCCCGAGUUCGCGAAAGACGACAUCGAAUGGAUGGACAUCUUGCGGCUACCAUCAGGCGCCCAACUACCAGCUCGCAAUCUGUUAGAUCUCACCAACCUACAGUCAAGACUUUGGACAAUUCCCACCAACACAGACUUCACGCAAACCGCGUCUGUCCCUGGCGUGCCGACUGAAGAUACCGCUAUUCGCUUGAAGACCGCUCGAUAUCCGUUCUCAGCUGCAGCCAUCGCACUACAGUUCCUUGAUUUCCUACCCCAAGGGCUGCGAAAGAAGAUCAAACGCCUUCGUCUGAUCGAGCAACAAGAAUCCAUCGCAAAUCCUGAGUGCCACAUGCGAGGCUUUAUACCUUUCUGCAUCGACAUGCCCAAGCUACGCAUCGAACGACGUGUCAGCAUCUGGAAAACUGCUUCUGCUUUCCAUCACCCAUAUCCUUGGCGUGAUGAGGGACGGGUAUACAUGCAGCACGGCACACAGAAAGCUAAACGUAAUCGGAGGACCUGGCUAGAUUAUCCUCGUGCCCCUUCGUGGCGAGAUUGGUUGCGUCCUGUUGUAAGGCCGGGGGCUCAGUCCUUGACGAGAGCAGUCACACCCUGGAUGGUCGAGGCUGACGCCCUGGAAUCCCUGGGUAUGCCAACCGGCGCAUUCACAUUGGUAUUCGAUGGAGACAUGGUCGCAUUGCCCAGGCAUGCGCACAAACUCUACGACAACGUCAUACAACGCGAUGCCGCGUGGCAAAAUGCGAUCGACGUGUUGCAAAUGCCCAGAGACGACCCCGAAAUCACGCAGCUCGAAUGGUUCACGAGGCGACGCCGUAUUUGUUACUUCUAUGAGAAGUUUCCACAAGUGCUCCAACGUAUGACCGCUGGAGUAGGCUGCAUCAAGUGCAACUUCGACCUCGGAACCGAGCAAGAUGAUGGAUCACUCGCGCGACACUUGAUGCACUUUGCUUCUGUGGAGCAGGAUUCGCGCUGGCACGAACAUCAGUUGAGGCCUCAUGAUUUGGCGUACGCCAUGAUGUUCAGGCGCCCUACACCCCGUUUAUCAUAUCGAACUUGGUAG